UUCUUUGUGACUCUGUCAUUCUCAAAAUGGAAAGACAGAUUUUAACUGUGUGGCUGAUCUUUUCUUCACAGAUAGUAUUAGCAGAUCUCGCAGGACAAAAGAAUGCCAUUGAAAUCUACAGCCUGCAUGUGGACAGCAAAGUCACUUCACGAUUUGCACACACAGUCAUUACCAGCAGAGUUGUCAACAGAGCAAAUGUAUCCCACGAGGCACUUUUUGAAGUGGAGCUACCCAAGACAGCGUUCAUCACAAACUUCAGCAUGACCAUCGAUGGAAAAACUUAUCCUGGAAUAAUAAAGGAAAAGAAAGCUGCCCAAGACCAGUAUGACGCUGCUGUUUCACGAGGGCAAAGUGCUGGAUUGGUCCGAUCAACUGGAAGGAAACUAGAGCAGUUUCAUGUUUCGGUCAAUGUUGCAGCAGCUGGGAAAGUUACCUUUGAGCUGAUCUAUGAGGAGUUACUAAAACGGAAGCUAGGAAAGUAUGAACUGCUGAUAAAGGUUAAGCCCAAACAGCUUGUCAAACACUUCCAGAUUGACACCCAUAUCUUUGAACCCCAAGGCAUAAGUUUCCUGGAAACUGACAGCACCUUUCUAACCAAUGAACUAAGUGAUGCCCUCACAAAGAUGCAGGGAGAGACCAAGGCUCAUAUCAUAUUUAAACCAACAGUAACACAACAAAGAAAAAGUCCUGAGCUGGAAGAAACUCUGCUGGAUGGAGAUUUUAUCAUUCGUUAUGAUGUUAAAAGGAGCAUGUCUAUAGGAGAUAUACAGAUUGUUAAUGGAUAUUUUGUGCAUUAUUUUGCACCCAGUGAAAUACCCGUGUUUCCCAAAAACAUUGUUUUUGUCAUAGAUAGAAGUGGAUCUAUGUUUGGCAAGAAAAUUCAGCAGACCAAAGAGGCCCUACAAAAAAUUUUGGAAGACCUGAAUCCUGAAGACCACUUUAAUUUAAUAAUCUUCAAUAGUAAUGUUGUUUCAUGGAAGCCAUCUUUGUUGACAGCUACAGAAGAGAAUGUGGAGCUGGCUAAACAAUAUGUUGGGACCAUUGAAGCUCAAGGAGCAACAGAUAUCAAUGGUGCUCUCCUGAUCGCAAUACAAGUACUGGAUGAGGCCAUAACGUCUGAGUUACUACCAGAAAAAAGCAUUUCAAUGAUAAUUUUGCUGACAGAUGGUCAACCCACUAGUGGUGUUACAGCUGUCCAUGACAUUCAAAAAAACAUAAAGCAGGCUAAUAAUGAGAAGUACUUCCUCUACUGUCUUGGCUUUGGCUUUGAUGUCAGCUACACAUUCCUGGAGAAGAUGGCAUUAGACAACGGAGGAAUUGCUCGCCGUAUAUAUGAGGAUGCAGAUGCGGUCCUCCAGCUCCAGAACUUUUAUCAUGAAGUAGCUACUCCCAUCCUGAAGGAGAUUGAAAUGGACUAUCUUGACAACACAGUGCAGGAAAUCACUCAGAAUAACUUCAAAUUGUUCUUUAAUGGCUCCGAGAUUGUAGUAGCUGGGAAGACUGGCAAUGAACUUGAUGUUUUCCUUGUAGAAAUUAAAGCUAAAACACAAAUGAACAACUUGACUGUUAAAGAGCAAGUAAAUGUUAAAGAAAGAGAAGAAAUAUUUCAGAAUCAGAAAUACAUUUUUGGAAACUUCAUCGAGAGAUUAUGGGCCUACUUAACUAUUCAGCAACUGCUAGAAAAAUCUGUUUCAGCUGAGGGAGAGCAGCAGAAAAACCUGAAAAGUCAAGCUUUGGAACUGUCCUUGAAGUUCAGCUUUGUUACUCCCCUGACAUCCAUGGUGGUUACCAAGCCUGAUGCUGAAGAGGUGGCAAAUAAACCCACAGAAGCAGGUAAAGUAGUACAAAAUGUCUCAAUGCCAAAUACAAACAACAUGACGUACUCUGAGCCAGUCAUCUAUGUACGGGAACACAGGGAUGUUUCGGAGACGCAGGGCAGCCGCAACCACUGCCAUGCACUUGGUGAACACUCUGGGUGUGGUGGAGAGGCUGAAUGGCAGGGAUUGGUAUUGGAAGUGAUCUUGACCUAUGGCGAAUCGCAGGAAUUUCCGAUGCUGAGGCCGGAUGGUCACAUGGAAGUCGUGGGAACGGGACGGUUCACGGGGUCAAUAGCUCUCACGGGUUCGAUGGGAAACAUACUCCGGGUCAUCAUAAGGGUAGUAUGGGGAUUCAUGACGGUCCUGGUAACGGUAGUCAAGGGUCUGGGAGUGGUAACGGGGAGAAUCACGGAGGUUUCGGAUUCGAGGGGUCGAUACGUCUCGGCCAAGGUCGACAUCACGCUUCCUGUCCUCCCUCCAGACAGACAAUAUCCACAUUUCAUCCUACAAUUGCCUGGUAAAAAUAGAAUCCUUUGUUUAAAUGUCAUUGCACCUUCACAAAUACCUGCUCUUCAGUACCUACUAUCGGAUCCAGAUAAAGGGAUCCAAGUGACUGGCCAGCUGGGAGAAAAGAAGCAAUUUAAGCACUUUGAAAUAGCUUUUCAGAAGUCUGAUGUGAAGCUUAAUGUAUCAAAGGAUCAUAUUGUGUUAGAUGAUAAUGGGAAUGCAACCAUGCUCCCAUGGACAACAACUAUGUCUUUCACAGUCCAGGGGUUGAAGGUUGUCAUUGAAGAAGAAAAGAGUGUUUCAAUAUCAGGAGCAGAUAAUAUCACAAUAAAAAUAUCCUACGUGAAGUUUCCUGAACGUUUCCUUGGAUUAUACUUCCUAGGCAGUGAAAAUUUUUCUGACCAAGUAACUGGACUUCUUGGUCAGUUUUACUUUAAUACACAUUUUGAAAAUCCUGUUUUUGAAAAUUGGAGACCAAUUGUUGUCCAAGGACAAAAGUAUGAUACCUCCAGGCAACAAAAGAAAGAUUACAGAGUAGAGACAUCCAAUACUGUUUCCUGCUGGGCACUGGAUAUAAGCCCUUGAAUCACAUUUUCCAGCAAAUGUUGCUAUUUAACACACCUCUCUAUGUGUAUUAACUGAAGUGCUCUCUCUCAGAAUUCAGAUCACAAUAUUUUAAAAUGUAAUAAGAUGAAUUAAUUUGAAAACACUUGGUAAUAAAAGUGAUAACCACAAUAUAUGGGUAGUUUUUAUAAAAGUUGUUUUUAUGAUGUUUGUUCAUUUAAAUAGGAGACAAUCAGCUUUAAAUAUAUUGAAAAACUUCUGAAGUUCUUCUAUUGUUUUGCAGGAUUUAAAUGUCUUAAUAAACAAAUUAUAAAACAAUAGAUAUAACUACUUUAUACACACACA